UCCUCCCGCCCGGCCGGCCCGCCGCGGGAGGAGGGACCGGGCAGGGGAGGGGACGCGCCUCGGCGGGGGCGGAGGGCCCGCCCAGGCAGCCGAGGCCGGACGGCUGCCCGCGCCUCGCCGCUCCGGCCAUGGUGGCUGGGCCGCCCCCCGCUCCGCUGCCCCCCGCCGCGGGGCCGCCCCGCCGCUGAGCGCCCCCGCCCGCCCCGGGCACGGAGCCGGCGCUGCCCGGGCCAUCUCCAUCACCCGCUCUCCCGGGCGGCGGCGGCCCCACACGGCCGCUUCACCCCACGGUACCCGGGCCGGGACCCCCAGUGCCCGCAGCGGGCAGCGGGGAGGGCGAGGAUGUCGGGCAGCACGGCGAGGAAGGUGCAGCCCUUCACCAUCAGCACCCGGCUCUCGCUGCCCAAGUGCGCCGCGGACUUCCCCGGAGACGCCUGCCCCGGCAUCGCCCUCGCCUCGGCGCUGGACAGCCACCGCGGCCUCCGCCGCAGCAUCAACGAGCGCAUCUCCCUCUACCUGGCCCACGCCCGGGCCGGCCCCGCCGCCGCCGCGGGGCAGCCCCGCAGCCCCAGCCCCGGGCAGGACGGGGGCCCCGACGAGGAGCGGCUGAACCGCAGCUCCCUAGCCCGCUCUAUUAAGAAGAUCACGCUGUCCAACUGGUACGGGGACGCUGGCACGGCAGAGGCAGGGGGACACGGGGACCCUGCCCGCGCCGGCGGCGAGAGGAACCACAACAACAACAACAGCAGGACAGGGAAAGCUCAGUUCAAGGUGUUCCUCAGGAAGGAUGUGGAUGCAGAGGACAAGCAGCAGGAGCCUGGGAGUGUUCAGGCCAGCGUUUUCUGCUCUCCAGUGGACAGAUGUUCUCCCUUGUAUGCGCUGGCAGCACCCCCGGUGUCGUCACCCCAGAAAGAGAGCCCCAAGGGCAAGGAGUCUGCUGCAGCACCAAGAUGCAGCGGGCGCAGCGGCGGGGGAGCAGCCCCUCUCCUUGACCUGAGUCCUCUGAUAGCCCAGUUCAACCGGGAGAUGCUGCAGGCAGAGAGCUGGGUGCGAGGCAAGCUGCGGGACCUGAAGGACGGCUGUGACAUCCAGGACUGGGAGGAGGUGGCCCAGACCUUGCAGAGGGACAUGAAGGAUUUUGAGAACACCCUGAUAAAGCUCAAUCAGAUGGGCGAGCAGCUGAUGUGGAGGGCAGGCCCCAGUGCAGAGGCUGUGCGGAGGCAGCUGCUGGCCCUGCAGGAGCAGUGGCAGCUCCUGAAGCAGACGGCUGCCAGCCAGAGCAAAGCCCUGGGCGGACUGCGGAGUCUGCAGGACUUUAACAGGAAAGCUGAGCGGCUGGAGGCAUGGAUCAAGCACAAGGAGGAGAAGCCUUCUUUGGCAGCCCUUCUGCAGGAAAGCCCGGAUAAGAUCCAGCUCACUCGCCGCAUCCUUGACUUGAAGCAGGAGGAGCAGCAGUUCCAGAGUCUGCACAAGGAGCUGAACAGCCUGGCCCAGAAGCUGGAGAAACAAGGCAAAAAUGAGAGCAGAAACAUCUCAGCCCGGCGCAAGCACCUUAACAAAGCGUGGCUGCGGCUGCAGGGGACCCUGAAGGAGCACCACGAGGCUCUGCAGCUGGCCCUGGAGGUGGCCUCCUUCCUCCAGCAAGCAGAUAUCCUACUCGGGGUCAUCCAUGCAAAGCAGAGCAGCAUCUGCAGUACAGGGAAGCCAGGGGAGGGCGAGCCUUGCCAGGAUCGGGAUGUCAGGGACAUUGCCAGCCAGGUGAUGAUGCUGGAUGUGACAGUGUCCCAACUCCUAAACUUGCAGCCCAGCCUGGCAGCCCGAGUCACCUCAAAGCACCGAGAUGUAAAGGAGAGCUGGGCACAGCUCCAGCAGGCACUGAGGACAGGGAAGGCUCCAGCACGGGCAGGCAGUUCCCCGGGGGGCAGAGCUGCAGCUCCAAAUGUUGAGCCUCGAGGAGACGACAGCAGUCACGGGGCUGUGGGUAAGGAAGCAGCAGCCAAAUGGACAAGAGGACUUGGCAGCAUGGUACCAAAAGAUGUGCUGGAGAAGAUGGCAGAGAACAAGAAAGGAGAGGAGAGCAAGACUGGCUCCCCAGCAGUGGGACAGCCCCCUCAUGGAGGGGACAACAAAAGGAGGAGAGAGGCAGAGGCUGAGUGGGGGAUGUGGCAGCUGGAGACCCAAGGGCAGGACGUCUGCCAGGUGGUGAACACGCAGGAUCUGUCCCCAUACAAGGAGAGUGUGGCUAUGGGACUCCCCCCAUGUCCAGCGGCGAGCCUGGAGGCAGCACAGAUGCAGCAAGAGCCCAGUGCCAGGGCUGUGCUCCUGGAGGGGCCAGCACGAGGGAGGCCUCAUGGGAGCCCUCAGGUGGAGGCCAUGCUGCGGGAACUGGAGGAGUUGUGGGAGGACCUGCAGAGGAGGCACCAGGAGAAUGGCGUGGUGCUGCAAGAAAUCGAUAAGGCCCUGAGGCUGGUGGGGGAGCUGGACCAGGCUGAGCGGUGGCUGCAAGACGUGGCUGGGUCGCUCUUGGAGCCAGCUGCCAUGAGAAGCCCGGCAGAGCUGCGCCAGGACCUGGAAGAAAUGAGCCGGCUGGAGAAGCAGCUCCUGCUCUGUGGCCUCAAGCUGCAGGCACUGCGGGAAGAAGCAGCAAGCGAGGCACCCACUGAGCACGAGGGGGCAAGGAAGAUGCAGAGGAAAGUGGAGAUGGUGGAGGAGAAGUUGGCACAUGUGCAGGCAGCACUGCGGCACCGGGCAGCAGAUCUGCGGGACUCCCUGGUGCUGUCUGAGUUCCUGCAGGACCUGCAAGAGGAGGAGGCACGGAGCCAGCAGGGGUCUGCAGCGCCAGGGAGUGGGCGCUGUGGCUCGCAGGGGUGUUUUCCCCCGCUCUCAGCCCAGGCUGAGAAGUCUCCAAGCAGUGAGGACAUGAGCCGGCCCUUGGGAGAGCUGCAGGAGGCCGUGGAGAUGCUGAAUGACGUGGCGAAGGAGCGGGAGCGGGUCAUGGAGGUGGCAGCAGAGACGGAGAGCCUGGAGCGUCUGGUGGCAAAGAUAUCCCCACAGCUGGAGGCCCUUCAGUGCAGAGCCAAGGCGCUGUCUGAAGACAUUGCCCUAGCAGAGAAGAGCUUCACCACGGUGAAGAGUGAGAAGGACCUGCAAGGGCUGCAGGGCUUGCUAAGCUGCCAGCAGGAGAUGGAGCAUGCAGUGUCCCAGACCCUGCAAGGGCAGCUGGAGGAGCUGGAGAGGGCGGCUGCCCGCUUGCAGGAGCUGUGUCCCGCUCGGCAGUGCCCCGUCAGCCGGGAGCUGCAGGAGACGCUGUGGGCCUGGGCAGGGCUGCAGGAGCUGCUGCGGGAGACCCGGCUCCGCGUGCGGCAGGCCAGCCAGCUCCGGCACUUCUUCAAGGAUUACUUAGCCAUGAUCUCCUGGACUGAGGACACCCGGGCUCAGAUCUUCUCUGAAAGUCCAAGCAGCUCCAGUAUCCCGGAGACCCCAUGUGAGGAGUUGGAGAGGAGAAUUGAAGAGAAACUCAAGGAGUUUGAGGCACUAGCAGCAGCAGGGCAACAGCUGGUGUCUGAGGAGCACUACCUGAGCGCAACAAUAAAGGAGCGCUUGGAAGAGCUGCAGAGCAUGCUGGGCUGGGUGCUGGUGCGCUGGCGAGCACAGAGGCAUCAGCAGCAGGAUCUGGGGAGCAGACAGGAGGACAGGAGGGAGCCAGAGACCCUCUCAAGCACAUCCCCCACUGGUCAAGAGCAGCAUGCCUCACGUAUCCCACCCCACCUGGAACGCACCCACAGCCCAGUGAAGUUCACGCCCUCCUCCCUCCUCGAGCCUGUGCAAAGAUCAGAGCCAAAGCUUCCAGAGAAAAAAGCCAUCUCCCCGCCAACAUCAUCCCUCUCAGAUGCCCCGUCAGGAGUGGGGCAGAGCUGGGGGGAGCCCAGCAGCAAAACAGCCCUUGAUGUGGAAUCCCCCAAGGAGGCUGGCACCUGGGAUCCUGCUGAGACCUCCACGCUGCUGCUGCCGCCACGGGGCUCCUGUGGUCUCGGAGGCACAGUCAACCUCAUCCUCAGCAUUGGCAAGAAGGGGGAGAAGAAGAAGGCCCAGCUGCUGGCCAGCAGCGAGCGGCCAGGCGAGGAGGCACUGCCAGCGGUGCAGGCGGAGGCCAGGAAAACCUGCACGGCAAAGCGGCCGCCCACCGUUGUGCGGCGCCCUGCAGGGCCCGGCGGUGGCAUGGCGGCCGUGUCCCACACGCUGCCCAAGGCCGGCUCUGGCUGCCUCUUCAACAGCCUGCAGCGGCGGGAGCAGGCCCGGGCAGAGCAGGCCCGGCUCCUCACCCUGCGGGGCAUCAUGGGCGACAGCUCCCUGCGGCCCACGCCCGAGGAAUGCCACGGCCCCAGCAACACGUGGCCUCAGAAGUGUGGCUGGAGGAAGGGGGGGCCGGGGGCCGCUGCCGCCGGACCUCAGCUUGGGGAGCUGCUCCUCUAUGUCAGGAACCCGCUGGUGCAGGACAUCGAUGCCGAGUGCGGGGCGGCCCCUCAGAAACCCUGCCUCCCUCACCCCAAAAUCACAUGUCCCCGUGUUUCCCUGGGCUCCGUGCUCAGCCUGGAGCUGCCACGGGAUGCAGUGGUCCUGGGCUGCCGCCGAGGGGCUGAGGCACGGCAGCAGGAGGCAGAGGGGCAGGAGCAGAGGCAGGAUCAAGAAGUGAGGCCAUGGAAGCCCACAGGCACACAUGGAGUUGGAUGGCAGGAAGAUGGGCACAGUCCCCAAGGGCCCAGCAAGAGGCUGGGGAUGUCCCCCAAGGGUGAGCAAGAAAGGUGGUUCGAGGAGGUGAGCUUGAAGCCCAGCUGCAGCCAGCAGAGAGCACACCGUGCUGGGAAGGAGCACUGGAGCCCGCAGCACCCCAGCAGCACCAGUAAAGACCUGGACUUGAGGCCAAGCCAGCCGUCCCGUGUCGGCAUGGGGGACGAGCUGGGCACCCGCUUUGGCCAGGAUGACAGCCCCACUGUCUCUGGCCGGGCCAGGCACCACAGAGCCGCUUGGCUGGAGCUUGGAUCAUCCCCUGCCAGCACCCCAGGCAGGGCUGGAGCCAUCCCCAGCCCUGCCUGCACACAGCAGCCAGCCAGCAGCAGCCAGCCCAGAGGGUCCCCGGCUUCCCCUGCCGCCCCCACCCAGCUCUCUGUCUUUGAGUGGGCACUGGGCACUCCACAGCCCCAGAGCCCUGCACUGGGCACUAAGGAAGUGUGCCACCCUGCCCACAGGCAGUUUGAGGAAGAGGAGGAGGAGCUGCAGGCCAUCUGGGAUGGGGCACACGAGCGACAGAGCUCACCAGGAGGCAGCUGUGCCAGCCACAGGAUGGACAGCAGGGCGGGCAGCUUGGCCAGCCCCAGCGCCACUGCUGGCGGGCCCCUCAUCCUCUCAUCAGCCAACAACGUGCUAGUGGCCAAAUUCACCCUUCCCACUGCUGCCCAGCUGCUCCACAGCCCCUUGGGAGAGCAGAGCCCCAGGGUGGUGCACAGUGGCAGUGGCAGUCCCAGUGGGCUCAGGGUUUCCCCCCACGAGGAGGAGCUGGUGCCUGCAGCCCCCUUGGAUGCCUCCAGUGCCUGGGAUCAGCGGAGGCAUCGGCAAGAGGAGAGCAGCAAGGUCCUGCCUGGUAAAAUGGAGUUUCAGAUGAUGGAGGGGACGCUGGAAAGGAAGCACGUAUUGCAGACAGGAGGGAGAAAGGCCAGCUGCCGGGCCUGGGGCCUCUUCCACGCCGUGCUGAUGAGGCAGACGCUGUGCUUCUACCAGGACCGCAGGGACAGCCUCAAGAGUUCUGUGGUGGCCCUUCCCCUGAACCUCUCCGGGGCAGUCUGCACCCCAGAUGCCGAGUACACCAAGAAGACCAACUGCUUCAGGCUUCAGCUGCAGGAUGGCUCUGAAUACCUCCUGAGGGCCCCCACCCAGUCCCUCAUGAAGGAAUGGGUCUCAAAGCUGCAGCAAAACUCAGGUUUCCCCAAAGUGGAUUACUUCCAGGCAGCAGCACAGCGUGUCGAGGGCACUGGUGGUACUGGCAGUUCCAGCAAGGUCUCCAGCACUGGGACCUCCCACCUCCAGGGACAUCACCAGGUCACCACUCCCAAGAGCCAGGAGAUUGUGAUGUUACCCUGUGCAAGCCCACUACUGCAGCGGCCACUGGGCAGCCAGGAUAGCCCACUCGAUGGGACUGUGACAGCAGCAGAGAAUGCUCAGGGGGCUGGGCACAAGGAGCAGCAGUGGCCAUCCAGAGCGUCCCCUGGGCUGUGGGACAACAUCUGCCCCGAGGAUGACUAUGGGCUGGUGGCCAACAAGAGGAGGUCCUACUCCUUCACCUCAGCCACGUACCAGAAGCUGAGCCCGCGGGCGGUGCCCCAGGAGGCGGCGGGGGCCGGGAGCAGCUACUCAGUCACGCUGUACAUCGGGGAGCAGGCUGUGCCCCGGGCACGCUGCCACUCCUUCGUGGCACCAACAGGGAGCCCCCGCGACGCACGGGGGGAGAAGACCACCAGCCCCCCUCGCACCAAGAACAAAUCUGUCUUCAAGAAGUUCUUUGGGAAGAAAGAGUGAGUCCCAGACAAAGGGAGAAAAUGCCCUAACCUGCCUCUUAUCCUCCUCUUGGGCCGCUCUGGCAUGGUCUCUACUCUCAGCAGCAGUUCAUGGCUCACUGCCUCCCCAGGGGCAAGGGGCUGUGCCAAGGGGCUCUGCUUCAGCCAGCCCUGAGGCUGCCCUGUGCCCCAGCCACUGCAGCCCCCAGCCUCAGCCUGGCGCUGAGCACCCCUCCUGCCCAGUGCUCUCCCUGGGUGCCCCUGGCUGCCCAGGCAUCCUAAUGACUCACAGCAGGAGCAGAGGGGGGUGGAUGAUGGUUUUUAUUAAAAGAUAAAUAGACA